AUGAGUGGGCGCCUCGGUCCACCCAUGGCCAGCCUGUUCCGGCCUGAGGUGCGGGUCUCGGCUGACUGCUCCCUCCCCUCCCCUCAGUAUGGCAUAGUCCUGGAUGCCGGCUCUUCGCACACAUCCAUGUUUAUCUACAAGUGGCCAGCAGACAAGGAGAAUGACACGGGCAUCGUGGGCCAGCACAGCUCCUGUGAUGUUCAGGGUGGGGGCAUCUCCAGCUACGCGGAUGACCCUGCCGGGGCCGGCCAGAGUCUGGUUGAAUGUCUUGAACAGGCGCUUAGGGACGUGCCCAAAGACCAACAUUCCAGAACGCCGCUCUACCUGGGCGCCACAGCGGGCAUGAGGCUGCUCAAUCUCACCAGUCCCGAGGCCUGUGCCGGUGUGCUUGGGGCGGUGACUCAGACGCUGACCCAGUACCCCUUUGACUUCCGUGGUGCGCGCAUCCUCUCUGGCCAGGAUGAGGGAGUGUUUGGCUGGGUGACUGCCAACUACCUGCUGGAGAACUUCAUCAAGUAUGGCUGGGUGGGCCGGUGGUUCCGGCCAAGGAGGGGGACGACGGGGGCCAUGGACCUCGGUGGUGCCUCCACGCAGAUCACCUUUGAGACAGCCAGUCCGGCCGAGGACCCAGCCAAUGAAGUCCACCUGCAGCUCUACGGCCAGAAAUACCGAGUGUAUACUCACAGCUUCCUCUGCUACGGCCGAGACCAGGUCCUCCAGAGGCUGCUGGCCAGCGCCCUCCAGACCCAUGGUUUCCACCCUUGCUGGCCAAGAGGCUAUUCCUCCCAAGUGCUGCUUGGGGAGGUGUACCAGUCACCGUGCACAGCGGGCCAGCGGCCCCCCGGCCUCAACAGCAGCACCAGGGUCAGCCUGUCUGGGACCAGCGACCCCAUCCUCUGUCGCAGCCUUGUCUCCAGCCUCUUCAACUUCUCCUCCUGCCGCUUCUCCCUGUGUUCCUUCAAUGGGGUCUUCCAGCCCCCCGUGGCUGGGAGCUUCAUCGCCUUCUCUGCUUUCUACUACACCGUGGACUUCCUCAGAACUGUGAUGGGACUGCCCGUUGCCACCCUGCAGCAACUCGAGGCGGCCUCCGGCACCCUCUGCAACCAGACCUGGGCCGAGCUGCAGGCCCAGGCGCCGGGGCAGCAGGCCCACCUGGCCAGCCACUGCGCCACCGCCGUGUUCGUGCACCAGCUGCUGAGCCGCGGCUACGGCUUCGACGAGCGCACCUUUGGGGGCGUGGCCUUCCAGAAGAAGGUAGGCGGGGCCGGGCAGAGCCUGGGUCGUCGGGGCGGGGCCGAGGCCUGCCGAGGGCUGCUGCCGGGGCCUGCGGGCGGGGAGCGGCCCCGCGCGGAUGCUACCCUGCAGCCUCUUCACGCCCAGCCUCCAGGGCUCCCGGGUACCACAGCCUGA